CUACCCGGAAGACAAACGCCCCUCUGCAGUUAACAUGACAGAUAGCACGUAGCUCCAACUUGUGAUAAUGUUUUAAGGAGUUUCAAAGUUCACACUCGGUGAUAAUCAGUCAGCGAGCCGCGGCAAGAAGCGGGAGUUCCUCCUGAAAAUGGCGACCUUUGUCUUCUGCUCGUUAAACAGAACGGCUCGAACCGCAGCCAGGCGGAGUUUGAGUUCACAUUUACCGCGGCUCGCCGGUGCAGCACCGCCGCUCUGCUCCGCUCACAGCCCGGCACUGACUCUGAGAUGGUUUUCCAGAGGAACCAGGUUCGGGUCCCAGGGGACCGCAGGCAGCUCCGCAGCCCGGACGACCAGAAGGGGAGCCCUGGCGCUCGGAGGAGCCGCAGCGGUGACGGCAGCGGCGGCCGUAGCGGGGUUUCUGGCCAACGCUAACCACUUCCAGCGGGCGGAGAUGGCGACGAGGGUCUCCAUGGCCGUCGAGGAGAAGGAGGAGGGGGACAUCUUGGAGCGGUGCCGGGGCUUCAUGUCUCCUCCGGUCACCGACAUAGGUGUGCUGCAGGGGAGCAAGGCGGAGAUGCGGACCAGGAUGGAGAUGCUGAUCAUGGAGACGCAGGCCGAGUUCUGCCGGGCUCUGCAGGAGGUGGACGGAGGGACGUUCAAGGUGGACCGGUGGGAUAGGAAGGAAGGUGGUGGAGGAAUCAGCUGUGUGAUGCAGGACGGGAAGGUGUUUGAGAAGGCAGGUGUCAACGUGUCGGUAGUGUUUGGAAACCUGACCGAGGAGGCAGCAAGACAGAUGAGGAGCAGAGGGAAAGUCCUCAAAGGGAAGGAUGGUAAGCUGCCAUUUUGUGCCAUGGGAGUGAGCUCCGUCAUCCACCCCAAGAACCCCCACAUCCCCACAGUGCACUUCAACUACAGAUACUUUGAGAUCGAGGAGGAAGACGGCACCAAGCAGUGGUGGUUCGGUGGCGGCACAGACCUGACGCCCGUUUACAUCAAUAAAGAAGAUGCCUUUCACUUCCACAACACCCUGAAGGAGGCGUGUGACAAGCAUCACCCGCAGUACUACCCUGACUAUAAGAAAUGGUGCGACAGGUACUUCUACAUCCGCCACAGAGGAGAGACUCGUGGUAUCGGAGGGAUCUUCUUCGACGACCUGGACUCCCCGACUCAGGAGGAGGCGUUUAACUUUGUUAAGAGCUGCGCUCAGACGGUGGUGCCCUGUUACCUGCCCAUCGUAUACAAACACCUGAACGAUGCCUUUACUGAUGAGGAGAAAGACUGGCAGCAGGUACGACGAGGCAGGUACGUGGAAUUCAACCUGGUGUAUGACCGCGGAGUGAAGUUCGGCUUGGCCACGCCUGGCUCCAGGAUCGAGAGCAUCCUGAUGUCGCUCCCGCUCACCGCCAGGUGGGAGUACAUGCACGAGCCUGCCAAAGGUACCCAGGAGGCCGAGAUGCUGGAAGUGUUACGAAACCCCAAGGAGUGGGUGUGAUGGAGGUUUACAUGUUGGAAUGGACAAAACAUCCAGAGAUGUCUUUGUUGUGUUUUUUGAAGCUGUGAAACGUCAGCAGCAUUUAACUCUGCGUUUACCAAAAUAAUAAUAUCCCAUUAUGUUGCGAGUGUCUGCAGAGUUUUGCACCAGUACUUUCCUCUUCCUCCUCCCUGUUUGCUUUAUUUGUCGAAUCAGCCUUGACGGCACUUUAUCGCGUUUUAUUUAAUGAUUGUUAAACCCGAUGACUGAGAUUUGUGCCAUUUCUUACCGCCCGGCCUACUAAAGCAAGACCAAAUAAUGUGACUGCACAGGUGACCUGCUUUAAGGUCCUUUUAACAAGUGUUUGUGUCAAGCAGUAGCUGUGUGUUUUUCUACGCCUGAGCUAAAUGUGGCUUUUGCUCUAUUUGAAGCUGCUCGACUCUUCAUCUUUACAGUUUUUCUCUAUUGAUAAGACACUGUUCCUGAAAAAUAGCACACAUUUCCCAACACACUGCACACUGUUUUCUUUAUUUGAACACAAUUCACAAAGCACUGCACACUUGUGUCAAAAAUGCACUUUAUUGUCAAAAUCUGAACUUUGUUUUCAAAAUUAAGACACAUGAAGCAAAACUAGGACACUGCACUGCUAAAUACAAAACACUCUUCUCUCACUGUGUUUUCACAUGAAGUAUAAAAAAAUGAUACAGUCCUCAAAAAUGACAACUUAAACACAAAUGCAUCCUAUAAAUGACUCAGAGGUCAUUGCAGUGCCUGACUGUACAUUAUAAAAUAAAAAUAAUGUUAGAUAAAAAAUACAGCACUGUAUUGUACACAGUACAGUAUGUAGAUGUUUACACCACAUCUGCAUCAAUUCUUUCAGCCUGGUCAGACCUCAGGACCUCAUCAACAUCACUAGCUAUGUUUUCUCUGGAAAGAAAGACUUAAUGUGUCUGAUCCAUCCCUGACAUGCAUCAACAGAAACAUCACCACAUGUCAAGACCACUGAUUGAAGAGAUUUUCCUGAAUGUAUGGCUGCUGCUCAUAUACCUUCCACCUCCAUGUAGAGAAGAAUUCUUCUAUAGGAUUCAGAAAGGGAGAAUAUGGUGGCAGAAAAACCACAAUAACCUGAGGGUUCAUAUUGAAACAUUCCUGAAUCAAUAGUCUACUAUGAAAACUAACAUUGUCCCAGAUGUAUUCAUGUGUAUCAUCAGAAUCCAACUGAAAAACUCUCUGGAACAAACACACAUAAAACACAGAAAAGUCAGUCAUGUAGACUUUCUGUAAUUUUACCAGCACUUGUGAAGCAGAAUUAUGCAUUAGAUUUUUUACAGUAUUCUCAGAACAUUUCUGACUGCUUGUAUUGUUCCAUUAUAGACAUGUCACUGAAGUGAUAAACAACAUUUACAUACCAUGUAAAGUGGUCCAGGAUCAGGUGCAUGGACAGGUCCAGGUUCUGGUUCUGGUUCUGGCCGUGGUCUGGGUCGUCCACGUCCUCUUCGUCCAACAUGACCUCUUGUUCCUCUGACAUCUAUUCUGAACAGCUAAUUCUGCUUCCCAGCAGGUUUUAUCGUGUGCAGUUCAUUGACAAAAGUGUUUUCAGUUUUGACUUGUUGUGUCUUAAUUGUGACAGCAGUGUUGGAACAGUGUCCCAAUUCUGCUUCCUAGUGUUCACUUUUUGAAAAAUGUGUGCUAUGAGUGAAAAAGUGUGUUCUAAUGAGCGAAGAACAUGGUCUUUUGCAAAAAGAGUGCAAGAGUUUUGGGAACUGUGUGCAAACCAUGAAUAGUGUCCAAAAUUUGGACAGCAGAGUCCUGGUUUUGAUAAAUGUGUGCAGUCAGUUGGUGGCUGUGUGCAGUGAAUGGAAUUUAGUGUCUUAUCAAUUGAGUAAAACUGUAAUGAAGCACCGAAAGGGAAAAUAAGGACAAACUGAGCCACUGUGUGUGUCUGAGCACUGCUUAAUAAAUGUACUUUUGAUGGCCAA